CUGAACAACACACAUUAAGUUGAAACUAUCAUCACUCACACCAUCUUCAUCCUUAGUUUCAUCUCAACUGUUGAUUAACUAAAACAACUUCUCAAACUGUUUUUUCCUUGUAAAUGUUGAGCCAUAUUUUUUCAUUCAAAUUCAACCGGAAUUAAUAACAACCAAAUCAACUUAAAAAUUGGAUUUUCAUUGUUUUUUCUCUCGGAUUUGUUCAAAGUGAUUUACUGAUUUGCAAACUCAUCUAUGAGAAAUGGUUUACCUUUGAAAGGAUUCCAAUUGUCAAUGUUACCAAAAGAAGAAGACAUUCUUAUAUCAAUGCCAACACCAAUUGAUCCAAAGCUGAAGAUUGAACCAUCAAAGAUGACACCUCGACCUCCAUUUCUUUCACCAUUUGAUUAUAUCUUUUAUCUUAAACGACAAGUGGAAAAGGAGAAACUCGAAACCGAGAAUGAAGAUUUAAAGGAUAAUUCUUACAAUUCAACAGGAAUGUCAAUUGAAGUUCCAAAAUUAUCUGAAUUAUUAAGGAAAUUGGCUGAUGAUUUAAGAGCUGCUCAAGGAAGUUUUGUCGACGAAUUCAUUGAUGAACCUCAUCAUGGAAUCUCAUGGCUUCUUGAUCUUCUUCGAAGCUCUCUUAAUCGUCAACAAUGUCCAGGAAUGGUUAUAUCAGGAGGACGCGAUUUACCUAACAAAAAUAAAAUGAUUAAAAACCGUGACCGUCAACAUCAACUCAAACGAGCUAUGACUGACGAAUAUGAUUGUUUACUUUGUUUAAAAUAUGCCGCUGCCGCUAACUCGAAAACUUUGGUCAAGAUACUGGCUCAUCGGAAUGGUCUCCUCACUUUAGCCUCAUGUAUUGUCUCUAAUUUGACCAAAUCUCGAGUUAUCGCUUUAGAGCUCUUGACUAAAGUCUGCAACACCGAACCUGAUGGAGAUGGAAAGGUUCUUGAAGCCAUGUCAACGAUGCGAAUCAUUUUUGGUGAAUCCGUUCGUUUUAAACUUUUAAUUGCUAUUCUUAAUUCAUCAAAUGGUUCAUCAGCCAAUGGAUUUGAAAGCACAGUGUUAAUGUUUUUGAAUAGUUUAUUGGCUAAGUGCCCUAAUCCAGCGGAACGGGUUCGUGUUCAAUGUGAACUUGAAGAAGCUGGUCUUGACCUUGUUUCCCUUGAAAAGAGAAUUAAAGAGAAAAGUAUUCCACCUGAUGAUCAAAUUUGGUCGGAGCUGCGUUUAUGGCGUGACAAGUACAUCGAUGUUGCUGAACUGAUCAAAUCAAAUAAAAUGUUAACAAGAGAAUCUAACAAACUUAAUGAGGAAAUUAAUCUGUUGCAACGAGCCUUAACAAAAUUAGAGGAAGAUAAGAUCAAUUUGAUGCACAUUGAACGAGAGAUGAAAGAGAAAGCUGAAGAUUUGGAAGCGGAAGUUAUGCUGUUACGAGCACGUCUUAGUGAAUCUGGUAUAAAGAUUACUUGCCGAAGGCGAAGUAAAUCGAGUGGAAGACCUGGAAGUGAUAGUAGCGAUCCUAUUAGUGGUGCUGCAGAUUCGGGACGAUGGUCAGAUUCAGAAGGAGGAGAGAAUAGUGGUGGUCGAUCACCUGGCAAUGAAGAAAAGGCUAAAAGCGCAAUUGUUAAUGGAAGUAACAUGAAUGGCAAAGAGAUAUCAACACCAAGUAUUAUUAACGACGACUGUGUAGAUGAUCAGAAUGUCCGCAACGAAGAUAUAUUUAUUUAUAUACCUUCCAUCCGACCACCAUCAAAUUUCAAAGGUUACAGUGGCAAAGAGCACUUGCGCCGAGAUAAUCUGAAUCUCAAUCAUCACAAUCAAUUUGAAAGCACCAAACAACAUGUUCCCCCAAAGAAAAGUAAAAAGCCAGUAAAUAAUCGUACAGGUGGAAAUGAUGGUUCUGCUGGAGGAGAAUCUCGAUGGAGACUUCGACAGAGGGUUGACAGUGUUGAUGAUGACGAUGAUAUAAGUGAAGAAAGUAAACCAACUGUGAUUGAUGUUUAUCCUAAGAAAAAUGAUUAUAAUCAAAGUAAAAACUCAAUAAUAUCUAAAUCACAACCGAUUGCUCCAAUGCCAACUCCAUCAGCAAUCGUCUCCUCCAACGGACUUUCAAGUAUUUUCAAUGACCAAUCACUUAAUGGAGAGAUAACUUGUUCUGCAUCAAUUGUAGGUGCUGACUGUGAAGACACAGAAUUUACUUUAGAUUGGCAAUAUCCAAAAGUGAAUAAUAAAACUGAAUCGGCUUAUCUGUCUUCAGAUAAUCAUUUUAACAGCCAUCAUCGAUCAAAUCAUUCGUCUGAAAAUAAAAAUCGUAAACGAUCUCAAUCGACAGGCUAUUUGAACGAAUCUUCUAGCAUUGUCGAUGGACAACUGAAUGAUAAUAUUGAAAUGAGAUCAUCCGAAAGCUGGACACAAUUUUUGUUGAAAAGUCGAGGAUCAAGCAUGACAUCACUCAAUGAAGUGCAUAAUAGUCCAGGACUUGGAAAGUCUCUUGAUCCAACUGGGAGAACUGUUUUGGGUUACGGUUCAUCAACGCCUGGUAAGCGUUCAAGCUCACAACUAUCUUCAUCAGGAAAGUGUAGAAAUUUGGCUUCAUCGCUUCAGUCUUACUUUUUCUCUGGUGGAAAUUCAAAUAAUCCAAAUGAGUCGAUUAAUGUUAUCAAGACCAGUAAUUCAUCAUCAUCAUCGUCAUCAUCUCAAAAAAGUAAAUCAGCCGAAAGACAAUCCAUCAAAGAUUCCCUUGAUUCCUCCAAAUCAUUCCCUCUGCCCAAUGUUUUCAAGAAAAAUUUUAUUGCCAAGGGACAUUCAAAUUGUGGACUUUUUUCUGGCGCUAAAAAUUCAUCAACAUCAUCAUCUUCAUCUAAAUCAUCUGAAAUAUUGAAUAGUAAUGUAAACAAAAAUUUACAUCGGGAAUUGAAUCUAGCAGCUAAAGAAAUUGGAGCCUUUUAUUGAUAGAGUCUCUUUGUGAACUUGGAGGAAGGCUCAUUUGUAUACAUAAAAACUUAAUUAUGGACCCGUUUUCAUUAACACUAAUUGAGAGUUAUAAAAGUUUUGUAUUUAUAUUCUU